GUCUGGGGUGGGACUAGGCAAAUGUUACCCUAUGCAGUAGGGAAACGAGACCGGGCUGUGAGCUAAGGAUAGGUUAUCCGUGUUAGGGGCGUGGCUUGCGGAUCCUCGCUUUCCCGCCGUCGGUUGGCCGCGUCACGUGACAUGGGCUGGAAGAUGGCGUCUCCCACAGACGGGACGGAUUUGGAAGCAUCUUUGCUAAGUUUUGAGAAACUUGACCGUGCCUCACCAGAUCUUUGGCCAGAACAGUUACCAGGUGUUGCUGAAUUUGCAGCUUCUUUCAAAAGUCCCAUCACAAGCUCUCCACCAAAAUGGAUGGCUGAGAUAGAACGUGAUGACAUCGAUAUGUUGAAAGAACUGGGGAGUCUCACCACAGCAAAUCUGAUGGAGAAGGUACGGGGCCUACAGAACCUGGCCUACCAGCUGGGGCUGGAUGAGUCCAGAGAGAUGACAAGGGGAAAAUUCUUGAACAUUCUAGAAAAGCCCAAGAAGUAGCAACUGCUCAAGGACUGGUGUUCUGAAGAUUGUAACCAAGUUCCCUUCUAAAUACGACCCUGAUGCCCACCACUUGCUCCCUUGGGAAAGCCCAGAGGCUGAGCUUCAGGACUGCCCUCCUCCCCUGCCCUGGCACCCUGUGCCUCUGAGGAUAUUCGGUAUCAAGAGGAGAGACUGUUCUAACCAAGGAGCAUUGCUGUUUAUUGAGUUGGCUUCGUAGCUCUGGAUAUCGGUAACACAGAGGUCCUGUCAUUCUGAAAGGUGUUUUUUCAGGAGCCCUAGAAUCAUAUAGUUCCUUUGAUUCUGUGAUGGCAAAGUCAGUAGUGACUUGUUGGUUGAAUGGGUUCUGUUGAGUUGUACUUGAUCUCUUAAGCAUUCAUGACGAGGACGUCAGAGACCAACUAUGUUCCGGACCAGAUUCUGCAUCCUGACCUGUGAACUCUGAAAGACCUAUUGAUUCAAUGACUUCCAUUCUAGAGGAAACAUAAGAAUCUUGUUGAAAUGCAUAUCUGCUUUUUUAAGUCUGUACCUCCAACAACACUCCUGCUCUCAGGACUGUCCUGUCCCCACCUCCAGUCCCACUCGCAGGUCGGACUCUUGCAGUGACUUUCCUGGGACUCGCUGUAGAGUGAACAGCUCAUGUAGAACGGCUCAUGCUGUACCGCUUUGAAUCCUAGAUCUUCAGACCAGUAAGAAGGUAACAGAAGGAACUCUGGGUAGUCCGUUACAUUUGUAAGUAAAAGAGUGGGAGGGCAUGGUUGUGAGAGGCCCCACGUGACUGAAGACAGGAAGCCUGAUUGACUGGUAUGCUAGCCAAUGGUAGUGGCAUUUGUCCUCUCAGCCACUUACCAGAUGCUUUGCUCAUGGGAUAAGAACACACCCCAAUAAAGUGCCCUGGCUUAAC